CCCGUUCGUUCCACUUCCACGUCCGCGUCCGCCUCUUCCAACACCACCGCCACCACCUCCACGCCCACGACACGGUGCUGUCCGUCUUCUUUCCUUUCCAUCUUCGCCCCCUCUCGUUCUUCCUGCCAAUUUGUACGCAUCUCCGUUGCCUCUCGCCUCUCAGCACCCUUGAUCAUCUCCUCCCAUAACGCUCGACACGCCGCGGCAGAGCAGAGCAGAGCAACCAACGCGUGCCUGCCAGGUGCCAAAUCUCCGCCGUGACCCCUUUCUCCUCCCGACUCGCCGCCCGCGCCCUCGACUUCUACACACUCGUCUCGCUUUUAUCUUUUUCUUUUUCUUCUUCGACGCUUGUCAUUCUCCAUCGUUGCGUUGUCGAGCGUUGCGUUGCACAUCCUUCCCCCCGGCUUGCCAUCUGCAUUGCCUCGUUGGCCUUUUGCCUCUCCUUUUUUCUCCCUCUGUGAGGUGGCCCGCUCCAACCGGAACGCUCAUCCUUCUCCACGCCGAACCCGUAAUACCUCGCACAGCCUCCCCGGCCAAGCAUUUUUCAAACGUUAUCGUCUCCCACGGCUCUUCGUCGAUACAGCUCCCAUGUUUUGACUCAACCUCGCUGGGGACCUGAUCGUGUUUGCCUCUUCCGCUGCGGCAACUCUGGGUCUUGGAGCUUCGCCCACGCACGCAGCGGCUUGCCCUCGCCGCCCAAUAGUAGAGUCGAGUCGCAAGACGUGCUUACGGUGACAGUGAGCGCCUCUUUUCGACACGAACACUUCUUAUCCUUUCCGGUCGCUGGCGUCCUUCGAUUCCACCGCCUCCAAUUGCUUUCCUUCCUCGCCAUCUGUGGUACCGACAAGCACACGUUAGCCAUCGGCACUUCUUGCAGCUCGCUGAUCAAGAAGAAACAUUCAAAAGGAAAACCCGAAAAAAAAGGUUGGGCUUAUCUUGUCAAUCGACGCGUCUUUUGCUGCAUCUCUGCCCCUUGCCAGACGCCUAAACCCUUCUCGGUUUUGAUUCUCGCUCGCGGGCCUUGUCACGUCGAGUCCUCGCUAAUGCAUCAUCACAGUAACAUUCUGUGUCCCGGCUUGUGUCAGGUCUAGGUCGGAUCGUCGCCGCCCGGUCGCCGAAUCACUUCUUUGUGCAAUCGACCAACAGAACAGCCCAACAAAGACGUUCUCGACGGACAAAAGGCACAGUCACGCCCCAAACCGUCGCCUUCUGCUUCUGAUAGGGAAGUAUGGCUGCGUUGGUACAAACCUAUCCUCAGCAGACAGGUACCGUAACGAUGCUUCAAACACGACCGCCCACUACCUCCGGCAUCAUGCCGGCUGGACAGCAGCACGCCAACCAUCAAUACAUGGGAAGCUCCGCCCAGGCGCCGAGAUCUGCCUACCAAGGAUCCGGCUCUGCAGCAUAUCGAGGCAGCACGGCCCCGGUUCAGCCCUAUGCCUUUACCAGCACCCCGAACCUCAAUCAAAACAUGCAAAAUAUGCAGUGGCAGCAGUACGGUGCUUACCGGACACACUCCUCACCCGCCGUUCCAGGCAUGCAGACACCAGACAUAAAUGCGAGUUACCGGGCACAACUUCUGAACAGUCCUAUGGCUGCGAACAUGGGCGGACAGCCUCAUUCGUUUGGCAUCGGCCAGAGUGGCUCUCGCGAUGACUCGGCUCUGCGAAGCAGCCCUGCGCUGACCCGGCCGCAAUCUUUCCUCUCCGUCAACUCUCAGCCAUCAUUCGGCUCUGGGACAUCAAACCGGAGCACCUCUGAUCGAUAUAGACGUACCAGCGGCGGUGUGACGCACCACGCGCGCUCCCAGAGCUCUACCCUGCCCGGCAGCAUUACAAUGGUCAAUAACGCCACUCCGUUGUAUAGCGCUCAGAGGAGCCCAAAUCAUGCCCAGUCCAUGAGCCUCCCGGGCGGCAAGUCGUUGGUCUCGGUUUCAUCUAUGGACGAUAUGCACAAUUAUAGCCGCCAGGCUCAGGAGGAGGCGAAGAGGGUUCGACGGCGAAGCAUGCACUCGAUGGAAAGUCCCGAGUUCCACAAGCCUGGGCCGACCGCAACGCCUGCUCGUCCGGCAGAAAGGGGAUUGAGGCCCCAGCGACCUGGCUCAAGCGCUGCCCACUCUCGCAAGGCCAGCUCUGAGAGUACCUCAUCGAGCCUAAGCAAUCAUUCCAGGGCAUCCUCGGUUACCAACCGCAAUGUGUCAGCCCCCGCUGGCAACCCCUCUUUGCUCGGGUCCGACGAGACAUCUGCCAAAGUUGACCAACCAAAGAUGGUGCCUCUCCCUCAGCGAGGCUCCUCCUCUGAUGCAGCGAAGCGCACAAUCAAUCCCUCUCCGCUCUCCAAGCCAGCAACCAUGGCGACGGAGUCGGCCGAGGAGCCAUCGCAUGCGGCGGCUAGCAGAGCCGACUCCCCUGCGGCGAAGCAGCUGGCUGCCAUCAACCAGAAAGGGGUGAAGGCGAAGAGCAAGACGUCGCGCUUGCGACGAGCGUUUUCUUUUGGGAGCGCUGCGGAUUUCCGUAAGGCCGCCGCCGGUGAUGAGGGAGAAGGCACGGAUAAGAACGAGCACUCCAAACUUGGAAAAGAACCUACGUCCGAUGAAGCGUACGAUGCCGAACAGGCUCGCAUUGCCGAAGCACAAGAGGCCGGUGGCAUCGGCAACAAUAUCUACGGAAGUAGGUUCUUCGGCUCGACAGACAAUCUCUCCAUCUCGUCCACGGCAUCAUCGGCUUCCAUCAUGAUACGAAAGAUGGGACGUGGCAUGAAGAAGAGCACUCGGUCGCUGGUCGGCCUGUUCCGCCCCAAAUCUGUCACUGGUGUCCCUGCCGCGGAGGCUGUGCCGCCUGAGGCCAGCCAAGCGGCAGUCUCCAUGAUCACCGUUGAAGCCGAGACACAGCGUGUCAAUGUCACCGCUGACCCUGCGGCUGGAAACGGUGGCACUGGAUUUCCUCAUCUCGAGCGCAACUCCCUGGAUGCUGCCCAGGUCCCGGAAAUGUCGGAGCGUUCAGGCAGCUCUGGGACAGACAGAAGCGGCCCGCGAAAGAGCAUUGUUGGCGGCGAAAGGGAGCGCGCCGAAGUGCUUGCUGCUGUGCGCAAGGGCAUCUUGAAGCGUUCCGGCAGCCCGUCGAUUCGACAACCCGAUGCGUCGCCUGAUCUCGUGCUGCCCAGCAUACCCAAUGUGGCGGAUUCCCCCAUCUCGAGCGCGCCUAGCACACCAAAUGACGAGACGCAAGGUCACCGGAGGACCGGCUCAAUCGCCAUCGGCAAUGAGGACUACUUCAUGUCGGCCCUUCGCCUCCGACAAGACGCCAAGAGCCCGCCUGGAACGCCGCAAGGUGGGAAGAGGAACGCAACCUUCUCUCCUCGCAUCGUCUUCUAUGACACGUGGCCGAGUCAAGAGUACGACAGACGGGGUGAAAUUGCGACAUGCAACCGGCUCACGCCGAUGCUUGCGCAGCAGAUCAAGGAAGAACUCAACACGUUCAAGAUGGAGAUGGAAGUCCACGAGAACUCCAAGAUCUACACACACUUCUUCUGAGCCAUUCUAGGCGACAGACGAGGCGUUGUCGGGACAUUAAUCUGCAACGAUGAGGUGUUGUAGACGCGAGAGCCAUGUAUUGCUCGUCAUUUACCUACCAUUCGCGGCGUUCAGGGACAGCAUAGUAAGGUGUCGAUGGCGUUGGUCAGUUUGCCUGUUCGACAUGUCAUGCGGGGAUUUAGCCCAAGAGUCAUACACAUCUCCUUAAUAUUGCGGCCAGAAGCACGGGUAUAGCACACGGGGGGGACGAGGGAGAGCAGGCGAAGCAUCGAAGCGAGGCUGGACGAUAGAGAGCAGAUGGUUCGACGCUGGGGUUCGACGGCAACGCAUCUGCCGGUUGCACGUGUGUGCAACGCAGGCGAUAGCCGGGGGCAGCGCCGUGAGCAGAAGGCAGGCCGACGCGAGGCGAUGUUGAUGGACGGGAGCCGGUACAAGAGGACAUAUAGCGUUGUUCCAGCGACGGGCGGCCGAGGAUGGGGUAUCAGCGUGUGUGUGCGAUGGGCGGCUGUAGCGUGGAAUGCAUAUUAUUCGGGCCCUUUGGAGACAAGAUUGUGCGAGGC